AUGCAUGUGUGGUGCCCAGUGCCAACUAUCAGUUCCUGGGGUUUCAUAAACAGCGGUGUAUCGACAUUUGCACACCCAGAUGAAGUGAACGUUGACUUCGAUGAGCUGAAUGCAUUGAUUUCAGUUGCCGAAGGCUCAAACUCACAAAUAUGGUCCUGGUUACAACAUUUCCCACAUCUCAGCGAGCUUACCACCAAUCUCAACCCCAGUCUCCCGCCAUCUCUUGCGCUAUUUCCUGAGCUAUCCAAAUCUGGGCACGGGGAGCUAUUUGAUUAUUAUCUUCAACAAGUGUGCCCUCGCACAACCGCCAGCUCCACAUUUUCUUCGCCGUUUGCCUCUGUCAUUCUGCCAUUCUGUUUAUCGGCUUCUCCUACGCUUUUCAAGGCCAUUCAAGCAUUGGGGGCAUGUCACUGGUCAAGGCUCAAUCCAAGCUACGGUGCAAUCGGCCUGCGUUAUAAAUCAGAGGCUUUGAGGGACCUUCGUCAACGUCUUUCGUCCGAGGGAAGCUUGACAUGCUCCAUGGAUCCUGAAGUACUGGUUAUCAUGAUUAUGCUAUGUCUAUACGAGAUAGUGGACAAGUGUGAUCAACAAUGGACCAUCCAUCUCAAAGGCGCCAAUGAUUUAAUCCGACUGCGAGGGAAACAGCAAAUGACAUUAUCGCAGUCAACGGCCCCAUCGGAUCCAGUGACGAGUUUUGCAGAGCAAUUCUUUGCCUUCCAGGAUGUCAUGGGUCGAACUGCUUGUGCCAAAGAGGUCUUGUUUGGUACCGACUACUGGAAACCAGACGAACGCAACAUCGAUCUUUGGAUGGGAUGCAGUCCUGAAUUGGUCUCGAUCCUGGCCAAGAUCACAGAUAUGAGUCGAACAAGGAGACAACACACGUCUGACGCGGACAAAGCAUCGUUCUCACUACGCGCGGCUUCUCUUGAACGCCAACUAGAGAACUUAGUCCAAGAGGUGGGAGAGGGUGACGAUGAAAUUCUCGCACUGGUUGCAGAUGCUAAGCGGUUGGCUGCAAUGCUUUACUUACAUUGUGCUCUAUAUGGGGCUGGUCCCACCACACCUUUAGUGAAGAGUUAUGUGCGCCAGAUUCUGCGACUCAUAUCGGACCUGCUUGACCGUAAAUCGCUGGUCAAUGUGACAUGGCCAGUCUUUGUGGCAGCUGUUGAGCUUGACCCAUCUGAUGAUGAGCUCUUCCCGGACUCUGCAACGGAAGCAGGGUCGGGACGAGCGAUUGUGCUACGUUCCCUGGCAACAAUGGCUGAUUCAACCAUCUCGAACAUUGCUCGAACACGGGCAGUGAUCACCAAAUUAUGGCAAACACGCGACUCGGAUUUGAUCAAGGGAACUGCUCUGCAGAAUCAUUGCAAUGAUUGGGAAUGGCAUGUGGUGCCAAUCAGCAAUGCCAUGAGUCUGGCGUGA